AAGAUGAGUUUAAUUCAAACAGGGCUGGAGGCCCAACUAGAGGCCCUGCAGUGCCACUUCACCUGGGAUCUGGACCCGAGCAGUUCCAAGCUUUUCUGUCUCAGGGACAAGCUAGAAGACAUCGGCACAGAGGAGGGAUACAGCUGGCUGGGUCACAUUUACAACCUGCAGGGGUUCAUCCACUACCAGCUGGGCUUCACCGAUGACGCCUACCGUUUCUUCAGCAGGGCUGCAGAGGCCUUCCGUCAGAUUAAAAACACUGUCUCAGAUGAGGGUCCUUGGUUGGUGGUGAACCACGGGAACCUGGCUUGGCUGCACUACCAUGAGGGAGAACAAGCAGAGAGUGAGGCUCACCUGUCUAAAGUCAAGUUCCUGAUGAAUGAAUAUCCAUCUCCAUCCCAGGAGGAGCUCCAUCCAGAGAUCUGUGCUGAAAAAGCCUGGACCCUGAUGAAGUUCAGCGCAGACAAAAUGCUGCUUGCUGCGGAUAACUUCCAGAGAGCCAUCAGGAUGCAGCCGGACAUGGUGGACUGGCACACCAGCCACGUCAUAGGGUUGGAAAAUGCUCUUAGGCACAGAGAAGAAAACAUGGGGGCUGAUAUCUUUGAUAAAUUGAAAAUCGCCAAGAAACAUGAUCCAGAUAAUUUGUACCUCACUGCGCUGUACUUUGAGGCAUGUGCCAAGAGAGGGAAAAAAAUGGAAACUGAAGCACGGGAGUUGGCUAGAAGAGUUUUAAGAAAGCCCAUCAGCAGCUACAGUGGUUUAAAACCGUUACUAAGGCUGUACAGAAUCUAUGUAUCCAUGGAUGAGGCCAUUGACUUGGCAGAGGAGGUUCUGGAAAGACAUCCACAUGAGCGUUACCUCAAGAGAUGUGCUGCAAUCUGCUACAAGAAGAAGAUCUUUCUGCAUAGGGACAAUCCCUUGGAGAACGGUAUGAUCGAUCGAGCAAUCAGUCUCCAUAAAGAAGUGAUCACUCUUUACCCUUUUUCUUCACUUACAAGGAAAAUAUCUCUUGCUAACAUCUAUGCCGAGUCCAAUGACCAAGGAAAAGCUGAUGAGAUAUACGAGGAACUGCUGGGAAGUGACUUGGAUGCAGAAGGGGCACAGAUGCUUUACAACAACUACGCACAAUAUGUACACCGCUUUCGAAAGGAGAGCUACAAGUCGAUAGAAUAUCACAUAAGGGCAGCAGCAAUAACGCAACAAUCUUGCUAUCGUGAGAACAGCCUCAGAACUCUGGAGAAGAUCAGAGUAAGGGGCAGAAACAGAAUGUGCAGAGAAAUAGAUGAGUUUCUGAAAAACAUACAAGACUGAGAGCUUCUAAGUUGGACUCCUAUUCAUGGUGGUAGCAGUCAAUGCAAGAUAACCCAGGCCUGGACAGGUCUUCCAGCUUCUCUUGGGAUCCCCCCAACACUUUUCCACAAGAGAUAAGAUAUACAGGAGUUGAAGGAGAACCAAAAGGAGAGGUAAUUGGUUCCAUAUUUGUCAGGUGGAUAUCGUACAUGGACCGUCCAUCUUGCCCAAGACACCUAAACAUGUCAAAAGCAAGGGCUGGGAAUCGAGCCACAGUGAAUUGAGCAUCCGCACAUUUUUUUAUUGUCUUUUUUUUUUCAGAUUUUGUGAUUUUGCAUAAGAAGAGCUAGAAUUGGAAGUUAAAAAAUGCCAAUGUUUACGAUGUGACAUACUGCCUCAUGUCUUUACAGCUACUUUUCUAGAUUAGUUUUCUACAACAACCUUGUUAUUAGUCUACUUGUGGAUUCUCGGACUGAUAAACUUUCCCACUGCUUUUGUGUAGGUCAAUGUAUUUGAAUUUGUUUUUGUAAUGACUUUUUUGCUAUCAAAGACCUUCGAUUGUUUGAACAUGUUGAUUUCCAUACCGCAGUCAAAAUGACCCGAAACCCAUGGUUUCCUGGACUGAAUGAUAACAUUAUUCCUUCCUACAGCUGAUUACAAAUGUCCAUCCUUCAGACUUUCUCCGAGCUGGAGCUGGGCCAUUAAUGGAUAAAAUACUGUCGUUAACCCUGUUAACCAUUUCAAAGUAUUCUAACGUAUUAAUAUUGGAAAUGUAUGCACGUUUUGGAGAUAUAUUAAAGUUGAUAUGCACAGUA